AUGCAUUUGCAAGAGAAUCGUGACGGAGAAAAUGCUGUUACUCACGAGUCUUUAGGUGAAUCACCUUCAGCAUUAGUUAAAAAGUUUAGAAAUAAUCCAUGGGUGACGAAAUUUAUCAAUGAACUAGCAAUACAAGAAUCUGUUAACCCCAACGUCAUAUCAGCUUUAUUACAAACAAUUUAUUAUGAUGGUGCAAAUUCUCUAGCCAUUCCACACACAUCAUACUCACAACUACCAUUUGUCUCGAAAGACAUCGUUAGGAUAAUUGAGACAUGGCUAACAGAAAAUUUUUCACGGGCUGGCGAUUCAAUUCCAAUAUUAGGGAAUACCUUGGAAGAUAAUGUAGAAAGUAUCAAUCAGAGAUUAAGGGCCGAGCUGGAUUUUUCAGGACUGAAUAAAGUAUUAGUAAAUAUCAGAGCUGGCCAUUCAUUUUUCUCUCAUAUGGAGGGCGACGAAAUCGUUCUUGAUAAAAACCAAGUUAAUAACGAAAUUAAAACUUCAAUUCAAACAGUCAGAACUAUUAAUGGUAUAAGUCCACCACCAUCAGAAGAAGGCUAA